AAACAGUGAAAUUAUCGUGAGUAUCGAUAUUAUAUCAACAAUUGACAUACACAUUCAACUAGAAAACAUAUUCCCUGACUUAAAGUAAACACCAAAAAUUUACGGCAUAAGAGCACGAGCUGAGCAAAAGUAACAACCUAGUUAGCGUUGCUGCAAUCUUCGUGUACAACGAACCGAAUAUUCGAUCAGCAUAUUUCCCCCAAAGAAAUGUGAACUGUGCGCUGUGGGCAGCUCCGAAAGUUUAUGCAAUGUUCUAGUUUGGCCCACAAGCAACAAGGAGAGCGAAGAGACGGCAACCGCAAAUAUAGCGCGGUUUACGUUCAUAUAAUAGGUGUACACAAACGCAUCCAGAUGACUGUUACUGUGACUAGCACACAUGUAAUGGACGCACAAGUAAUAGCAACACAUCUUCAGGCUGGCGGCGAGCAGCAACAUGGCUCCAAUAUAUUGGUCGAUGUGGCUGGCAAGGAUGUCGGAUUAGCUGGAGCUGCCGAUGACGAAAUGACGGUUUUGUUAACAAAUCAAAAUUAUCAUCAGGAGCCAACAUCCGACAUUGAAGAGGCAUUCCUCGAGCGAAAUGGUAAUAAUGCAGAACUCGAUGCUGCUGCGGGUGGACAGCUUCAUGCGGAGCUAGCGGGCGUUACCUGGCUCGAUGACGAUGCGAUUGAUGCACUUGAUCGGGUCACACAGGAUAUUGGCAAUAUGUUUUUCAAUCGUGUCGACAGUCAGGACAUUAUCUAUCAACAGAAAAAAAAGAACAUCAAACUGGUGGGCAAAUACGUGAUGGGCGAUGUACUAGGCGAGGGCUCAUACGGCAAAGUGAAGGAGGCUAUGAAUUCGGAGAACCUCUCUCGCCUCGCCGUCAAGAUACUCACCAAGCGCAAGUUACGCCGUAUUCCCAAUGGCGAACAGAAUGUGACGCGAGAGAUCCAUUUGCUUAAGCAGCUAAAGCACCGGAAUAUUGUUGAUUUGGUCGAUGUGCUGUACAAUGAGGAGAAACAAAAAAUGUACUUGGUUAUGGAGUAUUGCAUUGGAGGCUUGCAAGAGAUGCUAGACAAUGCGCCCGACAAGAAGAUGCCACUCUAUCAAGCGCAUAGGUAUUUCCAGCAGCUGGUCAAUGGACUGGAGUACUUGCAUAGCUGUCGCGUCAUACACAAGGACAUCAAACCGGGCAAUCUGCUGCUGACGCUCGACCAAACGCUCAAGAUAUCCGAUUUUGGCGUCGCCGAGCAGCUGGAUCUGUUUGCAGCGGACGACGCGUGUACUACGGGUCAGGGUACGCCAGCGUUUCAACCGCCAGAAAUUGCCAAUGGCCAUGAAACUUUCGCUGGCUUCAAAGUGGAUAUAUGGAGCAGUGGCGUUACACUCUAUAAUCUGGCAACGGGUUUUUAUCCAUUUGAGGGCGACAAUAUCUAUCGAUUGUUGGAGAACAUUGGACGCAGUCAGUGGAUUGCGCCCGACUGGCUAUACGAUAUGGAUGAAUGCUUUGCUAGACUAAUCUUAGGUAUGCUGCAAGCAGAUCCCAGUGAACGACUUUCUCUUCAGCAAAUACGCAAAGAUACUUGGUUCCUGUCCGCACCAGCGGUGACUGACCCACCGAUACCCAUUCCUCCACUCAAGGAAAAAUACGGACGUUCCACUGUACUGCCUUACCUUGAAGCUUAUCACUAUGGAAGCGAACAGGAACAAGAAGACGUUUACUUCACUGAGCAUGAUGUCAAUCAGGAACUAGCGCGGCGCGCUGCAUCAGCUGCAGCCGAGAUUCGCGCUAACAAAUCUGCUGCUGCCAAUGCUGCGUGCCAUUUGUACGAGCCAUCAACAAGUGCUGAGGCUGCAGCUGCUGCCAUGGCCAAUGGUUCCAGGGAGGAGACAUCGAUUAAGAAGAAGGGCUCCGGCUUUAAGAGGCGUGCCAAGAAGCUUGCGUCCUGCAUCUCAGUGCGCAAAUUGAGCCAUUGUCGCACUUCGUAGGCGAUCGCACCUAACCCAUCCCACUAGUUACUAGAGUAAUAUGGAAAAGUAAUAACCUUGUUAACAAAUUGUGAGCAACUUUU